GAGAGAGAGAGAGAGAUCUGUAGCUGUGAGUGGGAAGUGCUGUCAUUCCUGAGGAGCGUUCAAGAGCAGAACACACUCACUCACCGCGCCACAAGAUCUGCACAUCUGUCUCAAACUCGCUGCAGAGCUGCGUCCGUCUCUGAGGAACUGCAGGAUCUUUCUGCUUUUGUGUGGAAGUAGCAGUAGCCAGGAGGAGCUGUGUGUUUUAUGAGAAUCCAGAUAUUACCAUGAAUUGCUGAUGUAAGCUGAUCUGUGUUCAGUGUCUCUGAUGGAGCUGAAAGUUUGGGUGGAUGGAGUUGUACGAGUGGUUUGCGGCUUGUCAGAAGAGACAUCAUGUCAGGACGUAGUCAUUGCACUCGCCCAAGCCAUUGGCCAGACGGGUCGCUAUGUUCUCAUUCAGAGACUGAGGGACACUGAGCGCCAACUACUGGCCAAUGAGCGCCCAUUGGAGUCCCUGGCCAAACUGGGCCAACACAGCAGCGAGGUACAGUUCUUCCUGCGGCGGACCGGUCCCAGUAGCAGUGAAGAGCAAAGUCUGCACAACCGCACCCUCCCUCACUCCAAGCCUUCCACAUCAGAACUCAAACGGGGUUUGCCGAAGAAAUCUUUCACCUUCAACUUGGGCCCCUCCAGUUCUCCCCGUGUGAAAACGAAGGACUCUCGUAAAACACCCUCUCCUGAACAGAGGGCGUCCCCAGUUCCGCACGCACAGUACCUUCCGGGUCCAUCUAAAGAGGAGGUGCUCCAACAUGUUCUCCAGCAGCAGGAGCAGCUACAUGCCCUCGGCUCCCAGCUGUUGGCUGUGGACAAGGAAUGCGAGACUUGGCAAGAGUCGUUUGCUGAGGAGUCACCCAUGCAGGCAGAGAUGGAAGUUUUGGAGAAGACCGUGUGGAAGAACCAGCAGGAGUUGGUGGACGAGGAGUUCUGGGAGGAGGAACUAAGGAUAGAGACCGAAAGGGAGCGUGGGAUGAAGCGGCGGUUAGGAGAGCUGCAUGCUAAAAUAGAUGAUUGCGGGCAAAAGUUGCAUGAAUUCAACACUCGCGCCAUGCAGCUUGAGGAGGACAUUCAGAGAGAAAUGCUACAGGCGGACAACUUGCCCGCCCAGUCCGAUUCAAAAGACUCUUUGGAGGUAGUUGAGGCAGAUCUUCAAAGUCGACAAAAGCAGGGGGAGGAAUUGGAGGCGGAGCUUUUAGAGCUUGAGAAGGCUUUGGGGAGGGCGGAGACUCUGCUGAAGGCUAAGCAGGAGGAAGUGGAGGAGUUGAAUAAGGAGCUGAGACAGUGUAAUUUACAACAGUUUAUCCAGCAGGCUGGAGCCCUGCCUACUCCUACUCAACCCCACACAGACCUCAGUGAAGACCCAGAACAACUGGACCCGACUCAACAACAGCAGGACAAACACAAUGACAGUGAUUCGCCCUCACGUCCCACUGCCAAGCAGUUCCUGGGUCACCCGCGCAACCUGCAGCACCCCCUGGUGUCCAGUCUGAACCCUGAGGUCCUGACAUCCAGAGAAUCGUCUUGGCGGUAAUAAAGCUGAAGCACAGGGCUAAGGAUUUAUAAUGAUGUUAUGCUUAUAUUCAACUCUGUCUUAACUGUUGUCUAUAUAACCGUUUAUGUUAUAUAUUCAUUGUAUAUAUGAAUUAUAUAUUUACUACUUUUUGGUACAUUUCAAAACAUGUAUUUACUGUAAAAUAUUACCAGAUUUUAUCUCGAGAACUUUUACUUUUGUCUAUGUAUUUAAGUACAAUAAAGACUGUGCAUUGUGUCUCAGAUGAUUCCCGUUUUUUUUAUUUUUAUGGUUUGUGAGUUCAGUCAUCGUUCCUCUUUUGCUGUUUUCUGUAAAGUUCAGAUGUUAAGUGAGAGCAAACAUAGGGAAUGUAUUCGAACACUUUGGUUAAUAAUAAUAAAAGUGGUAGGGCUAAAAUGAGUAUUCAUUUCACACACCCAGGGUUAAUAUAGUUAACUUAAACUAAAAUACUGUAAGGUCCACGAAUUUGGUCCAAGGAUGGUAUCCAAUCGUGGAUGAAGGUUUCCUGCGUGUUCGAUCUUUUCAGCGCAGUUAUUAAAUUUAGGUUAAAUUCAAAUCUGACUCUAUUUUAUUAUGACCUCGAACUUAGGUUGAAAGGCAAAUUGGUCGUUUGUCUGUCCCUAAUUAUUCCUAUUAUUCUUCUGACAUUUGAUUAUUCUAGUUAAUUCUUUACUUUAUAUUUACUCAUUCAUUAAGAAUCUAUGUCGCUCAGGGUGUAUCACGCCGGCCGAUGUAAGUUACGUGUUCCCCACGAUCACAAACUCUCCAGUCUGAUCAUUAGUCAGAGGUUAUGACUAACUAUUUAAUAGGUCGCCCAUGCCAUUAUUUAAAUAGUGGUUCUGUUUAGCCCCCUACAGUCACCCAUGUAACAACUUAGUUAAAGCUCAAACAAUAAUCAGAGGUUAUGGCUAGCACUAUGAUACUUCAAAAGUGUUUUUAUCUAGCCCCCUAUAGUUGGUCUAACUAUAUAACAACUUGAAUAGAGCUUAGACAGUAACCAGAGGUUAUGGCUAGUAUGAAAUAUGCCCGAAUCAAGUAUUUUACCUAGCCCCCCAUAGUAGAUGCAACUGUAUAACAACUUAACUAAAGUCAAGCAGUUAGUCAGAAAUCUAUAAUCUCACCUGAUGCUCCAUCUAACCUGAGAUCUAGUCUGUACUAACCCUGGACGCAGAUUUGCGGUAACACACGCCUUCACUUAAUCUACUUGAGAAAAUAAUUUCAGAGUAAGUCAGAAUAAAUGCAAAAGUAACAAUUUAUUAUCAGUCAGGUAAAUAUGUAUUAUACCAAUUAUACAGCCAAUUCAAAAGCAUCAAUUCAAUGCAAAACAUCAAAAUCUCAAAGAUGAAUCUAAGAGUAAGCAUACCUGACUUGAGAAAAAUACAUAGUAUGGAGUGUGCGAACACACUUCAUAUCACGGGCUCAUUCCGGCUACAGAAGGCCCUGAUCCUUUUGCAACAUUUCCUUAAGUACCUCAGACCAAGACCAACAUCCCCCGAGAUGGAGACAGGAGCUAACAAUUGGAAUUUGCAUUGACCGAGUUAACACCUUUUGGGACAGAAGGUAAUUUGCAUGAAAGACACUGGGAACUGACUACACCUCUACUGUGUGCAAAAUAUCUCUAAACUCUUAGGAUCUGUAUUACCUUUUAGUUUACUUCUUAUAAGAAUGAGACCAUUGUACCAGUCGCCCUGAGACAAUUCAAAUGAUGCCAAACAUGACUGUAAAUAUCACUUUCAUUACAAUCUACUAUUGAGCAUUUUGAGCAGACUGAGUAGAAGGAAGGAUGGGUGAAGGGAUUUAAGAAGAAACGAAUGGAAGUUUCCUGCACCUCCACGCUGUGGGGUGUCUCGAAGAUGCCGUGCAUGUUUGUACUGUCUGUUUCUCAGGAGAUCAAAGUAUCUGAGGUUCUUUCAUCACAAUACCUAAAACUAAUACAGAAAUAAAAAUGUAUAAAAAUAUCAACUAAUAAAAAUGGCAAAAAUUUAAUUACUAAACCAUUUACAAAACUUAAAAUGAAAACAGAAUUUUUUUUUAAUAAUUCUUUUUAUUUAAAUAAUAAAAUAAUAAAAACCAAAUUUUAAUAAAAAUUUGUAUCUCAAUGACGGCUUAUACAGAGUACAUGUAUACACUGGUGUUUCCAAAAGUCUGAGACCACUACACUAUAAAAAAAAUGUAAAAAAAGUUUUAAAAAAAGCCAACUUAAAAUUUUUUGUUUUCUCAACUUGUCGUUUUAAGUUUAUACAACAAAAAUUUGAGAAUCUCCCACAAAAAUAAGUUGAGCAAACUCAAAAAUCUGCUGAAGCUGGUUGCCUUAAAAUUUUAAGUUGGCUCAACUUUUUUUUUUUUUUUUUUUAACAUUGUAGAAGAACACUUAGUUUUUCUCAUUACAACUUAGAUUAAAAUGCAAAUUUGAGUAAUAAAUAAAUAAAUGUGUAAGUAUCAGAUUUUCAUCCUCAAGCUGACCUCCACAAAUAAGUUUUUAUAUAUUAUUUAAAAACAUUAUUUUUAUAUUAUAUUUAUAGUUAAUAUUAGUGCUGUCAAACAAUUAAUUGCAUCCAAAAUAAAAGUUUUUGUUUACAUAAUGUGUGUA